CAUACACUGAACUGAAAGGAUCGACCAAAACCUGUUUCUCGUUCGUUGCAGGUCAGUUCAUUGGUUAUUUAUUAUUCUUUUUACCCAACACGAGAGCAAACUAUCUACGAUUUGACAUAGAAAGCCAUUUUUUUCUGUGGACUCUUUUUUUGUUAAAAAUCCAAUCUUGGAGCUUAGAAAUUUGGCUUUUACUGCAUUUUUAAAGAUGUUAAAUGUUGGUUGAGUAAAUCGAUCGAAAAAUAUCAUCACAUUGAGGUGCGGACGGUGGUGAAAAUAAUCGCAAAGUUUUCAUUUUUUUUUUCAUCUUUCAUUCGAUCGGAGUGGUGUUCUGGCAGAAAUAUACUGCUCAAUGAGAGUGUCGAAGCUAUUUAGUUUUUUGUUUUGGUAAUGGCGAUCGUUUUUUUAAUUUUUCAAUUUUGUGCAACCCGAUUUCUGUUGUAAAUAAUUGUAGUGUUUGUCAAUUGCCUGGAAAUCGAUUACUGUAUCGUCGUGGGUUUUUUUUUGUGGGACAUAACAGUUAAAAGUGCUACUACACAGUGAACCGUUUUUUUUGCUCGUAUAAUGGCGUGCCUAAAUACAUUAAAAUUGGAGAUAAAAACUUUGGAGAAGAUAUUUACCAAAAAUCACGAACGUUUUCGAAUCUUAAAUUCAUCUGUUGACGAAUUGACUUGCAGAUUUGUUGGAAAAGGGGGAAAAUUGUUUGACAUCCACGCUAACAUUACCGAAACAUAUCCCUCAACACCACCAGUUUGGUUCGCAGAGAGCGAAGAGACCAGCGUAACAAAUGCAGUUCAAAUAUUAAGCAAUACAAAUGGGCGUGAUAACCACGUCAUCAAUCAGGUUGAAAUACUUCUCCGUGAACUGUGCCGCCUACAUAAUGUGCCCUUGCCGCCCGAUUUAGAUAAUUUGACAAUGUCUUUGCAAAUGCCUGUCGGCGAAAUGCUCGUUUGCAAUGAUUAUUCGAAUGAUGUCGAUUCGGAUCAAGAGGAGGAUGCGGCCAACGAGAGUGAACAGGACAGUGAAAAUGACGAAGACCUGCCGUUGGAAAUGGAUGAGGGACGGAAUGUUAGCAGUAAAGAAGACAUGGAUGUCGAACAUUUAGCCACUCUGGAAAGAUUUCGCCAAAGCCAUCGCCAAGAUCAUUUGAAGGGUUCUAUAUCCGGUUCGAUUCAAGCAACCGAUCGCCUUAUGAAAGAGCUGCGGGAUAUCUGGCGAUCGGAGUCGUUCAAGAAAAACAUGUACUCCGUCGAGCCCGUCAACGAUUCACUGUACGAAUGGAACAUUCGUUUGAUGUCGGUCGAUCCGGAUAGUCCAUUGCAUCACGAUUUAGUUGUAUUGAAGGAAAAGGAGGGCAAAGAAGGCAUUUUAUUGAAUGUAACAUUUAAGGACACCUAUCCAUUUGAGCCGCCAUUCGUACGCGUUGUGCAUCCGGUCAUAUCGGGUGGAUAUGUUCUGGUGGGCGGUGCCAUUUGUAUGGAAUUAUUAACGAAACAAGGAUGGAGCUCGGCGUACACAGUUGAAGCAGUCAUUAUGCAAAUUGCCGCUACACUAGUCAAAGGGAAAGCUCGUAUACAGUUUGGACCAACUAAGGUGUUAACAACUCAAGGUCAAUACAGUCUAGCCAGAGCACAGCAGAGCUUUAAAUCUCUUGUGCAAAUUCACGAGAAAAAUGGUUGGUUCACACCCCCAAAAGAAGACGGCUAAUGGUUCUCAGCUACUCAACACACUAUUCUAUAUUAUGUAUGUCGACAAUGCGUUUAAUAUUUAUCGAUUUAUUCUACUCUGUUCUGCGAAUCUUUCUCUAGUUACAACUUUGCGAAGAAAAAUAAAAAAAUUACAAAAACAACAAACAACAAAAGGGAAAAAACUCAGAUUGAUUUUUUACGUGUAACUGAUGGACAUUUUUGUUACAAAUUUUGUGUCUUUCGAAAUGAUUUUGUCAUUUAUCUGGGAGCUACUAUUUUACUUUAGUUGUUUUCGUUGUUUUAAUAGUUAAACUGAAUUUUAAACCGUGGAAAACCGUAUGCAUUUUAUAAGCUCUGCUCCAUAGACAACCUUUAUGAAAUAAAUGAGAGAGAAAGAAAACACGUUGAAAAGUUAACUGAAGAGCAGCAAGAUCGCGUACAGCAAUUAUUCGUCAACAUUCACUAGUGAAUUUUUGACAGAGAGAGAGAGAGAGAGAAAGAAAAAAAAAAUAGUGAAGUUUGACAGUUGUCACUUAACGAACAACAAUUGCUGUACGUGCCCUAAUGAAACAAACAAACAAAAAAAACAAGAAUUCUUCGACAAAAAAUUAUAUGUUAGUAAGGAUACAACUAGUGUAAAUUGAGUGUAUAUAAUUAAGUUUACUCAAUAGAUAAGUUUAAAUGAA